CCGGAGCGCUCUGUAACUGGGGGGCGGCGCGCACGUCACUGGAGCUCGAGUAGGGAGCGGGUGCGUGCCCGGCAGCCGGUGUGGGACUGCGGGGAGCACGCGGCGGAAUAACGGUGUCCGCGGACGGUGCGGCCUCCAUGCCGGGGCCGAGAGGAUUCAUGAGCACUGAGAGAAGCUGGCCGUCGCCGGAAUGAGUCGCUCCGGGCACCAGUCACCGGAGAAGAACGGCGAGUGCGACUGGGGAGAGGAGGAAGAAGAGGAGGACGGGGAGGCCGGGACAGAGGAGAGGCAGGAGCGCCGCCGCCGCCGCCGCCCUUCUUCCAUGUCCCGGGGCCUGGAGCUGCACCUGACCGGUCAUGACUUCCCUCCGGUGCCGGGCUUGGCCGGGUCCCCCUCUGAGGGUGAGGAUGUGGAGGACAGCCUGCAGCUCCCGGGCAGGCGGCGGACCCGCUCCAGCAGCUCCCGGCCCCGCUAUGAGAUCGUCACGGAGCUGGGCGCGGAGGAGGUGCGCUGGUUCUACAGGGAGGAGAAGAAGAGCUGGAAGCCGUUCAUCGGGUACGACUCCCUGCGCAUCGAGCUGGCCUACCGCCGCCUGCUGGAGCUGAGCGCCGCCCCGGAGGGUGCAGCCCCGGAGCCGGGGGAGGCCGCCGGCCUGGACGUGGUCAACAUCGGGGACGUGGCCAAGAUCGAGCCGGUGUGUGUGAGGAGCGGCCUGUACGAGGUGGACGUCACCGAGGGGGAGUGCUACCCGGUGUACUGGAACCAGAGCGAUAAGAUCCCUGUGAUGCGCGGCCAGUGGUUCAUCGAUGGCACGUGGCAACCGCUCGACGAAGACGAGAGCAACCAGAUAGAACAGGAGCAUCUCGCCUGCUUUAGGGGUCAAAAGAUGCACGACCACUUUGACCUGGAAGUGGCAAAGCCCGUGGACCACAAGGACGUUAUCUACCACCUUGCUCCCUUCUCCCUCCCUUUCCUGUUCAAUUGGAGAGGAUAUAACGAGAGCACAGGCGCCCCAUGUGCUAAAAGAACGCGUUACGAAGCUGUCCACAGUCUGAAGUUGAGCCGCAACCACGUGGAUUGGCAUAGCGUGGAUGAAGUCUAUCUCUACAGCGAUGCAACCACUUCAAAGAUAGCACGGACUGUUACCCAAAAGUUGGGCUUCUCUAAAGUUUAUGCGGCACCUGUCUUUACAGCUUCAAGCAGUGGUACCAGGCUCCAUAGAGGUUAUGUUGAAGAAGCUACAUACGAAGACAAGCCUGUCGACACAACCCACAUAGUUUUUGUUGUCCACGGUAUUGGGCAGAAGAUGGAUCAAGGGAGAAUUAUCAAAAAUACAGCCAUGAUGAGAGAGACUGCAAGAAAGAUUGAAGAGAAGCACUUUUCUAAUCAGACUUCAGAGCAUGUUGAGUUCCUUCCUGUGGAAUGGCGUUCCAAGCUUGCUCUGGAUGGAGAUACAGUGGAUUCUAUUACUCCAGAUAAGGUGCGUGGAAUUCGGGACAUGCUGAACAGCAGCGCAAUGGACAUUAUGUACUAUACCAGCCCUCUUUAUAGAGAUGAGUUGGUGAAAGGAUUGCAGCAGGAGCUGAACCGACUCUACAACUUGUUCUGCUCCCGGAACCCAGAAUUUAAAGACGGAGGCGGCAAAGUGUCUAUUGUGUCCCACUCCCUGGGAUGUGUGAUUACAUACGAUAUCAUGACUGGGUGGAAUCCAGUCUAUGUCUACGAACAGGUGGACCAGGAUGAGGAGCCUGAGGACCAGUGGAUAAGUUAUGAAGAGCAGCAUCUCCUUCGAGAGCUCUGCCUGACCAAACAACGGUUAAAAGAACUGGAAGACAGAUUACAUGGGCUGAAGACUCCUAAUUCCCCUGUUCUAAAAUUUAAGGUUGAGAAUUUUUUCUGCAUGGGUUCGCCCCUAGCAGUAUUCUUGGCGUUGCGUGGAAUUCGUCCUGGAAAUCGCGGAACUCAAGAUCAAAUUCUACCUAGAGCUAUUUGUAAUCGUUUGUUUAAUGUAUUCCACCCUGCAGAUCCUGUGGCCUACAGACUCGAGCCAUUAAUCCUGAAGCACUACAGCAAUGUCUCACCUGUCCAGAUCCACUCCUCCAACACCACAAAUCCCAUCCUAUACAAGCACGUGAGACCGUGUCUCAUCAACCCGUCCAAAGAUACUACCUCAAUGUCCGAUACAGAAAGCAUACCGAGCCCAAGCACUUCACCGGUUCUGCCUCGAAGACACUAUGGAGAGUCCAUAACCAAUAUAGGCAAAGCAAGUAUAUUAGGUGCAGCAAGCAUCGGAAAAGGCCUGGGGGGAAUGUUAUUCUCAAGAUUUGCACGUUCUAGUGCAACCACAGCUCAAGGUUACGAGGUAAAAGACUCCGCUGAUGGGGAAGACAAAAAGUCAGUACAGAGUACUGCGACAUCCCAAAGCAUUCCACACAGCAUCUCAGGCUCACUGGACACAGAUCUUCCAGUGGACUUGGAGCACCGGAUUGACUUUGAGCUGCGAGAAGGGCUGGUAGAAAGCAGAUACUGGUCAGCCAUGACAUCGCACACUGCAUACUGGUCCUCCAUGGACGUGGCGCUCUUUCUCCUAACGUUCUUGUACAAAGAUGGCCAACUGGACGAAGAAGACAAGCUAGGUGUAGAUGAACUAUAGUGGGCCACUUGCUCUAAACCAGUGUUCAGCUGGUGGACUGGCAGACUGUAUGAGGCAUUGAAGAUGCACGUUUGAAUGUUUUCGUUUUUGUUCCUAGGACGCACCUUAAUUAUUAUAAUUUACUUCUUAUCCGUUCCUUUUAACCCCCCCCCCUCCCCAUUGUUCCCAUACAUAACAGCAAUAGAGACCCCCUCCAUAGUUGCCUGAUGCAGCACGUAGUUUGUAUAUGCGAGUGCCUAAUCUCCUCAACGUCUCUUUAGGUGACCUAUAGGCGUUGCGGGAGGAGACCAGCGCGGUUUUGCCGCCCGGCGAUGGUGUGAGACGUUGUCCGGAACGCGUUUGACUCUGCAUUAACCUAAUGAGCUAUUCAGGAUUGUGUUCUAAUAAAAUUAAGAAAACUUCAGACUAGCGUGACCUAAUUCUAGCUUAUUAAUACCUCUCAUUAGUCUUAUUUAAUUUAUUAUUAUUAUUAUUAUUAUUAUUAUUAUUUUAAUUUUUUUUAUGACUUUUUUUGGGGAGCCAAGAACCAUAAUUAUUUUCUACAUAUUUUGGAGUUUAUUUCCCAAAAUACAUAUCUUUGUACAAAAAUAACUGUGGACACUGGCGCACUCUUCAGUAAUAUUUUCAUUAUAAAAAGUCAAUAAAUCUUUGUGGUUUCACAUA